CUAAAUAUAGUGGUGUAAUGGCGGCUCUAGUCAUCACUGCUAUCGUUUCAUGUGUGUGAAUGAUUAAAUUAUUAAGUUUUGAAGAAGAUAUGUGUUUUUAAGUGUUGUGAUUAAUUGAAAUGUGAUAAAAGUCCAUAUAUUAUUGUUUCGUCGACCCUUAUAAUUCUAUAAUUUUCCAGCACGGGUUAAAGACGCCGAAAUGUCGAGUGAUGAGGACAAACCACCUGCGCCGCCGGUCCGGCUCACAAGCAACCGUGCCACGGACCGUGGCGACUCCGUGGCCUCAGUGGACAUGAGGCCUCUCCCAAAAGAACCUGAUGAUGGUGGUGACAGAAAGAAGAAAACACUGAAAGCUAAAAUUAAAGGCUCUAAAAGUACUGCUCACAAUGACAACAAGCCUAACAUAAGCUACCCAACCAAUUUUGAGCACACGGUUCACGUUGGCUUUGAUGCAGUCACAGGAGAAUUCACUGGCAUGCCGGAGGCAUGGGCGCGGCUGCUCAUGGCCGCCAACAUCAGCAAGCAAGAGCAGAAGAACAACCCGCAGGCCGUGCUCGACGUGCUCAAGUGGUACGACGCCUCGGCCACGCAGCCACCGCCUUCCAAGUACAUGACGUCGGCACAAAUGCACACAACACACUCAGGAUCUUCAGUGUCCAGGGUAUCCUCUAGUAGUCCAUCGUCAUCGACCCCCACGGACACUGAGCACCCCGAGCCUCCACCGCCGCCACCCUCGCGUCCAGAUCGCACCAAGAGCAUUUACACGAAGCCUAUUGAAGAGGAAGAGGCGCCACCUCCGCGGCCGGCUCCUGCGCCCGCGUCUCCCCCGCACGUGCCGCAUCCUGCCCUUACCACGCAUUCGAUCUGCAGCCGCGCGGAGGUGGGGUCGGGCGCGGUGCUGGACCGCAACAAGAACCCCGCGGGCGCCGCGCUGGCGCCGCACACGCCGCCGCCGCACGCGCCGCCGCCCAACGGCGCCCCGCUCACCGCCGACACACCAAGAGCGACUGCCCAGCAACAGAGGAAAAAGAAAAUGACUGAUGAGGAAAUAUUAGAAAAAUUAAGAACUAUCGUUAGUGUUGGCGACCCCAAUAGGAAAUAUACUAAAAUGGAGAAGAUUGGCCAGGGUGCAUCAGGUACAGUGUAUACGGCAAUAGAGACAUCGACAGGCAUGGAAGUAGCGAUCAAACAAAUGAAUCUUAGCCAGCAGCCUAAGAAAGAACUGAUCAUAAAUGAGAUUCUCGUUAUGCGGGAGAACAAACAUAAUAAUGUAGUCAACUAUCUUGAUAGUUAUCUAGUUAAUGAAGAAUUGUGGGUGGUAAUGGAAUAUUUAGCGGGCGGUUCUCUGACCGACGUGGUGACGGAGACGUGUAUGGACGAGGGACAGAUCGCCGCCGUGUGCCGGGAGGUGCUGCAGGCGCUGCACUUCCUGCACACCAACCACGUCAUACAUCGAGACAUCAAGUCCGACAACAUACUGCUUGGAUUAGAUGGACAAGUCAAGCUGACUGACUUCGGUUUCUGCGCCCAAAUAUCGCCUGAACAAAAUAAACGCACGACAAUGGUCGGCACGCCUUAUUGGAUGGCGCCUGAGGUUGUUACGCGGAAGCAGUAUGGCCCUAAGGUGGAUGUGUGGUCACUCGGUAUUAUGGCCAUUGAAAUGAUAGAGGGUGAACCACCUUAUUUGAAUGAAAAUCCGUUGCGAGCGCUAUACCUCAUAGCGACAAACGGCAAGCCGGACAUCAAGGAUAAGGAGAAGCUCAGCACAGUCUUCCAGGACUUCCUCGACCAGUGCCUCGAGGUGGACGUCGACAGGCGCGCCACCGCCCUCGAUUUAUUAAAGCACCCGUUCUUGAAAAUGGCGCGGCCGCUGGCGUCGCUGACGCCGCUGAUCAUGGCGGCGAAGGAGGCGGCCAAAGGCCAUUAGCGCAGGCCGCCGGCGCCGCCCGCGCCCGCCCGGCCCUAGCCUCAGUGCCUACCCGUGGACUCACGCAGCCGAACCUGUUCACAGACGGUGAAGCACCAUGCGGAAAUCUGUGACGGAAAUCUAAAUAGAAAGCAAUACCUAUUUUAAAUGUAAAACUGCUGCCGAUUGGAUAUAAUAGAGGUAAUAUUUUUACAAGAGAAGAGAUCGAUAAUAAAGUGCAGUCCACUAACUAUAAAUCGUCGUAGUGUUGUGUAUUAGCAUUAUUUGUUCUUUUAGCGAUGUGAUCUCUUAUUGACGUGUUUCUUUUAACUGAUGUACGGUAAGAUCGGAUAAUGUAGAUAGAUAUUAGAAGUUUAGAUACGAAUUUUUGGAAUAAUACGAAAUAUUAUGGCUGCAAACGAAGACUGGCAGAUGAUUAGGCGACCUUGUAAAGUAUAAAUAGUAGAGUACCGUAGAAACGUUACUUUAGUAUGGAGUCAGCUUAUUCACUGUGAUGAUAGUUGUGAGGCAGUUGUGGGAAACACAUCAAUACAGAGGCGGGCCGGCGCAGUGCCGCUCGACUGGCUGCUCACUGCUGAAUGGAGACGGACUGAAUGGAACUAUCAUUUCAUUCUGUUUAUGUGUAUUCCUAUUUCGAAAUAUUUUUAUUAUUUUUAGUGUUUGUUAGAGCAUUGAUUGGUACAUAUUAAGCAUUUUAUUACGAAAUGAGUGUAGUUCGUAUAAUUUAUAUCACGUAUUAAACCUAACGAGACAAUGAUGGCUUAAGCUGCUUGUUUGCUUUCGAUAGUUACUAGUUAGUAAUAGAUAUAUGUAAAAUAAUUGUUAAUUUAUUUAAAAUCGCUUAUGGCUUCUAAUUUACGUUUGAGAUUAUAUUAUUAUAUUGGUAAAGCAGUUGAUUCAAUAUUCAUCUAAAUUUAUUAAUUUUUAUUACAUGGUAUGUAUAUUGUUAAAUAAAGCCAAAAAUAUUCUCAUUAGACGCGUGACCAUAAUUAUUAUUUUUAUUGUUAGUCAUGAGGUGAAGCAUUUACAUAGUAUUAAGUUUAUAAAGUCUAUUCAGCUGAAUAAUAUCAGCAAAAGAAAAAGGAUAAAUAUAUCGGUGAUCGUCUCCUUUAUGGCACAAACUGUAAGUAUUCAUUAGCGCAGGGAAAGUAAAUAAUUAUAUGUUUGCAGAAACAAUAGAUUUUAUUAAAUGAUAGACUUAGAUAAUUCAUCUAAUAAUAGUUACGGCAUAUCGCAUUACUUUACAGUUACGACAAUAGUAGGAUCAUAGGGUUCCGUAUAUUCAUUCAUUUAUUUGUAUUAAAUCAUUGAAGUAUUUUAUUUUCAUUUAUUUGUAAGACUUGCGAGUUGUCUCUCUGCUUUUACUGUUUAGGUUGUGCCGACAGACGCUGUUAAAAUUUGUUUUAUUUUGAUACGUAUUCACUAUUAUAGGUAUGCGAGAGAGUAGUGUGAAUGUGUGGGCGAUGUAUGAUAUACAUGUGACGUGAUAUGAGACGGAGGCAUCGGUACAGACAAGCCUCAUGUAAAUUGUACAGACACAAGUUAGUAACGAGUAGAACUACUCAUUGACAAUAUGAACGUGACCAAUUUACGCUAUGUAGAAUCUGUGCAGUCCAGGUUGGUGCAUUAUGUAUGAAUUGCUUUUAUUUCGUAUCCUGUAAUAUUACCUUUUACAUACCUAAAAGAUAAAAAAAAUAAAAAUUAUUAAAUUUUUCGUUAGGUCAUGGUCACACUGAGUUUUUAUAAUAAUUGGUAUUAUAAUCAAUUAUAAUAAUCUUAGUUGUACAGUGACAUUGUGAUACUCGCGUUUCUUAUGUCGUUAUUCUGAUAAUUAAAAUGUUACGAAAAGAAGCACUGGCAUUUAUUCCACUACGUUAUUUUAAUUGCAAUGUUUAAAAUGUAUGUGCAUUUACCAUUAAACUACAGUUGUUAGCAAUAGAAUUAUUUGCUGUGGAUGGUAUCCACAUAUAAAAGUAAUCAAUCACAAAAAUACGGCCUAAAAUUGAAUAUUUUAAACAGACUGCACCAACCACACCAAAUUGUGCAAUAAUGAUGUAGAAAUGUAAAAAUGUAGCCAAAACUUCAAGAGAGCUUGAACAAAGUUAUUCAAUAUCUAUAUUACUAAAUAUUGUAUGAAGUGUAUUAAACUACAUAAUGUGAUCAAGAAGAUGAAUUUGAGUAUGCAUAGAAUGUUAUGUUGAGAAAGUAAUUGUAAUUAUGUACGUAGAUUAAGUUAAAAGUGUAUUAAUUAUUGUAAUAGGUAACUGAACAAGACAUUUAAUGUGGUUGCAACAUUUUUCAUGAUUUUUGACCGUUGUAAAACAUCAGUGCCAUGUAUGAGCAACUUGUGCAUAUAAAUUACCUACUACCAUACUAUAAUAAAAGACUCACCAAGAUUAUUCAAUUGUUUUAUUGAGUAAUGACUACAAAAGAUGUACUGAAGUGAUUGAGAGAUAAGGAUGAAAAAAAAAGCAUAUGGUAAUUACAAAAAACCUUUAUUGUAUUAAUAAAAAAUAAUAUCUAUGCAUCUAAUAAAUAAGCAGCAAUUACUGUGAACAAAGAUUUGUACUCUAUUCCAUAGUAGUUCUACAUGUAUUAUCCAGAUAAAUAAUAAAUUAAUAACAAAUCAAGAUUCACUCGAUCCAUAAUCCAUAAAUAACCCCCCCACACUCUUGAUAGUCAUGUUUUACAAGCCAUUGGACAUAUGUUCAACUCAUGGUUAUUAUGUAGGUAGGAGAUUAUUCGAAGGAGUAGCUAUAAAAUUAAAACAAUGACUUGAUAUGGUAACUAAAUUCUUGACUUCUGCUUCAAAUUAAAAGCUGCCUUAUAGAAGCGUUAACAAUUGGUAGAUUUGCUUUACAAAAAUAUAGACAAAUUGUCUGUUAAGAACCUUGAUUAGGCACAUGGUUUUUAGUGGCACUUUGUACAAAAAUACAUUAUACGUUUCUGCGAUCGAAUAUAAAAUA